UCUCAUCCAACCUUCAUCUCUCGACACCAAAUCAACUUUUACUCCCUUCAUCGUCCCCAUCGUCCCCCUCGUCUUCCCUGCCAUCACUCUCGUUGACUCGAGAGUUAUCUCAAGGAUAGAACGUGUAUCGAAGACCAAGAACAAAUCUUGACUUGACGAUGGCGGGGUCGUUUCCCAGUGACGCCCUGGAAGAACACAAUGCCCUGCUGGACUGGGUGAUUAAGAAUGGCGGACAUAUGCACGAAAGCGCCCAGAUCGCCCGGGACGAGAGGCGCGGCGUACACGUCCAGGUGAAGCGGUCGUGGCCGGCCCCCGUGGCGCGGGAGACGCGCAUCAUCCAGACGCCGUUGGGGGUGACCAUGUCGUAUUUCAAUGCGAUUGGGCAUCGUCUGGGAGGAGGAGAAGAAGAAGAAGAAGAAGAAGAAGCAAAUAUGACUUUCUCCAUGCACGGCCUCAAUCUCCCCCGCGGGUUUGUGGAUGCCGUUGGGCCAGAGGAGACCACGGCCUUCUUCCUGAUGGGCCAGUAUCUGCGUGGCACGGAGGGGUUUUGGUUUCCUUAUAUCCGGACGUUGCCGCAGCCGGGCUCGCUGACAACACCCCUGUACUAUGGGGAGGAAGAUGGGGAUCUAACCUGGCUGCAGGGGACUAGCUUGAUGGCCGCGAGAGCGCAACGGAUGCAGGUGUGGAAGGAGAAGUUUGAGAACGCGUCCAAGAUACUCGGUGAGGAAGGGUUUGAAGAUGCAGAUCGGUAUACCUGGGAUCUGUAUCUCUGGGCAUCCACCAUCAUUACCUCUAGAGCUUUCUCUUCCAAGGUUCUGUCAGGGGUGAUUUCCGAUGCGGACCUCCCCGAGGACAGACUCUCGGUUCUCCUCCCGCUGAUCGAUCUCCCAAAUCAUCGCCCUCUGGCUAAAGUUGAAUGGCGAGCCGGUGAGACGGACGUGGCCCUUCUCGUGCUGGAGGAUGCGGUGCCGGGCCAGGAGAUCUCCAACAACUACGGGCCUCGAAACAAUGAACAAUUGAUGAUGAACUACGGUUUUUGCUUGCCUGACAACUCGUGCGAUUAUCGCAUCGUCAGUCUGCGGGCACCGCCAGGCAGUCCUUUGGCUCAAGCUAAAGCGUAUCAGCUACAGGCAUUCCCCGAUCUGGCGAAAGAUCCAGAAGACCACUACUAUGUGUUCAACAUCUUCUACCCGCUGCUGGCUCCAGAUUCGCCGAUGGAGCAUACCAUCUUCUCGCCCGCACUGUUCAACGCCGUCUCGGUACUCGCCGCGAACAACCGGGAGCUGGAGACUCUCGAGAUCUCCGAAGAUGGCAUCCAGCUGCCCCUCGUCUACGGCAACUCGCGUGCCGUCCUCGCGGCUCUGGGUCAGAUUAUCAUAGAGCUCAUCACGCACAUAUUGAAGCUGCGGGCCUCGGCGCAGGGCUUGCCCCAGCCGCAGAAUCUCAAGCAAAGACACGCUCAGCUCUACCGUGACAGCCAGAUCCAUCUGUCGGAGACGGCCUUGGUCAUUGCCUCGUGGUCGCUGCGGCGUGCUCGGGAGCACAACCUCGGCGACAGCUGGGAACAGACGAAGCAGCUGUUCGGCUCCCACAUGUCGGAAGUCCCCGCGGGCAAAUUUUCCGACGCCAUCCUGUCUCGGAUCUACGUACGCAUCCUCGAGCGAAACCCCCUUCUGUCACAGGUCGGAGAGCUCCUCGAAUUCAACGAUCUGUUUGCCCUGCUUCCUUCCGCGGCGCAAGAGCUCUGCAGAAGCUUCUUCCCCAAACUCCUGGUCCGUGCAGGGCGACAUGUAUCUGCCCUUCAGGCCUAUCCCGGCCAAUCUCCCCUUGCGUUCCCGUUGUUUCUAUCCUUCGUGGCAGCCACACACCUCUCUGGAAAAUCAGAGCUGCCUCCACGCCUAUCCCGAUGGGCUGCCUUCCUUUUAGACAAGUAUCCCCCGCCUCCCGAGGAUGUCGCCUGGCAACUUGAAGAGGAAGACGACGAGGCCUUGAUGGCAGAAUUCGACCAGUUCAUCGCUGCCACGAAAGAAGGGCAUUCCAGCUUCUAUGUCGAGGUCACCCAACUUACAGGGACCACCGACGACCGCAACGACUGGCUGUCCCCGAACUGGUUGAGAUGGUCGUGGAUGAUCGUCGAGCAGGAGUCUGUCAUGUUACCGGAGAAGCCUUUGCAGUUCCUCGCCGUGGACCCGUCUGGGGAGACCGCAAUGCUGUCGACGCAGUCAUAUCUGUACAUUCCUACUUCUUAACCAGACGAACAAAGAAAUAGAUAAUAUUGAGACUACUAGUACAUUGUACACUGUACAUGGAAUCAUAGUAAAUAGAAUAUCAUGUGACGUGGC